CUGGAACCUGCUUUUGCUGUUCUAGCUCUACUUGUUCUUCUACAAACGGUGAUCCUUUGCUCAUUCCAGACAAACACAGGCCAUGAGCAUUCCAGCGAAGCCCGCAGUUGCGUCGACCUCGGUGUCGGCAGCCAUUCCGAAUAUUCCGAUGGUUCCUCCUUUAGGGCCAAACAGUGGCACAAACAACAGCAACAGCGGUGGCAACAACAGUACCGUUGGUGGCGCCAGCGGUGGCGGAGCGGGAGCCGGAGCGAACUUUCCGAUGAACAUGAAGAUGAACAUGCCGAUGAACAUGAAUCUGCCGAUGGGGAUGGGCAUGCCGGCGGGGAUGAAUAUGCCGAUGAUGCCGAUGGGGGUGCCUCCGAUGAACAUGAACAUGAACAUGGGUAUGGGCAUGAACAUGAACAUGGGCAUGAACAUGCCGCCAGGCAAUGCAGGAGGCAACGGAAAUGGGAUGCUGCCGAUUCAACCGGGUCCCGACAUGAUGGAGUCGAAGUAUGACCCGGCCAUAGUGAUGAAGCAAAACCAGAUCAUCCAGCAGGUGCAAAAUAAGGCUCAAAGCCGAACCCAUUUUGCCUUCGAACCGUUUCUAAACAAGGAGUACAACCUUGGUUUGGAUCCAGAUAGACCGACAUGUGAAUACUGGAUACAUUCCAACGGCACAGACUGCCCCCUAGGCGCCGACUGCCCCUUGAAGCACCCGUCAAAGAUUUUCAAGAACAAAAUCGUAUGCAAGUACUGGUUGAGAGGGUUGUGUAAGAUGGGGGAAAACUGCGAUUUCUUGCACGAGUACAACUUGUCCCGAAUGCCAGAGUGUGCGUACUACGCCACCAACGGUGUAUGCACUCAGAGCCCAGAGUGCAUCUAUCUACAUGUUGAUCCGCAGAGCAAAGUCCCUGAAUGUUGGAACUACAACAACAUGGGCUUCUGCCCCGAUGGCCCAAAUUGUUCCAAACGACACGUCCGCAAGGUCAUGUGUGAGAGGUACCUUGCCGGCUUUUGUCCUAAGGGCAAAGACUGCGAGUCCACGCAUCCCAAGUUCAAGCUGGGUUUACUGCAUGGUCGCUUCAAGAUUUUCACUGACGAGGAGUUGAUUGGGAAAAGACUGAAAGACAAAGAAGAUUACGAAAACAAAAUCAGGUUGGAGAGAGAUUUGAGAGAAAGAGGUCUUGCUCCAGAGGUUAGGUUAGAAGUAACUGAGGAGGAUGAUUAUGACCCUGGAAGUGUGCCUAGUGGAAAACCUGAAAAAGAGGAAGCUGUUGACAAGAGCGGAGACGGACAGUAACCUCACAUUCUCUGCAUGUACAAAGGCAAAUGUUUUGCCGGAAAAAAAAACUUGAGAACGCACUUUUCUAAGCUAUUAUAUAAAACUAUAUCGAAUCAGAUAAUAAAAGUAAUAAAAAUAAUCAU